UUAUUUCUAUGUACACAAACAAUAAAAAAAAAUAAUAGAUUAGGCAUGUGAAAUUUUUGUUAACACAAUUUGGCAAAGAAAUUGUUAUAGAUUAACAUAAAAAGUGGUGCAGUUACUUAAAAAAAUACUUUUUAAUAUAUUUGCUAUCUAUAAAUACGAAAAACAAGUCAUCGCUUUACAAUUGUUUCAUAAAAAUGGCAUUUAAAAGAUAAAACUGAUAAACAAAAGUUGGGAAUGAUUUUGGAGCCAAGACUUUUAUUAAAACAAAAUAAAUAAACAUAUUGAUGAAAUAAGAAAAAAACAACUCCUAGAACAAACUCAUAAAUUGGUUAAUUUACAAGUUGGUGUUAACAUUUUAAAAUCAGUCAUUAUAGUCGGUGUUGAACAGAUUUUUGUUUUAAACAUUUGCAAAACAAAACGAAAUGGCAAUGAGAUCAUACCAGAAUACUGCCCAGCGUUUACUAAGAUGUUUCUGUGGCUGUCGCGAAAUGACUGUGGAGGAAGUUCAACGUAUUUAUCAGUUUAGCGUUCAGGAAACUCUUAUCAAUCGCCAGGCCUUAGCUUUAUUGAAAAGUUUUCUGCAGCAAGCUCGCAGUGGUGAUAAAUCAACAACUGAACAAUAUGUAGAAGUCUAUGAACUGUGCGGUCAAUAUAUGACAGCUAAUGCAGCUAUUUUAACAUUAGAUGAAUUAGAUGAACUAGUGGAUUUAGGUUUACCGUAUCACUUGGAGAAGGAACUGCAUAAUCAAAUACAAACCGGAGAUAGUGAUAAUAUCACCCGUUGCCUACUACGCAUACAAGGUGAUAUGCGCAAUAGCAUUGAAUUAAGUGACGAAUAUAAGGAAUAUAAAAAUGCAAUUCUAAAGAAACUUAAUCAAUAAGCAUCGUGAGGUAUCGUAGGCUAUGAGUAAUAUACUCAGGAACUGAAACCAAAAGUGCUUUCAAAUGUUUGUAAGAUGAAAAAAACUGCCCUGUUUUAACUUAUCAACUAUCAGUUCUUUUAUUACUUUAAAUCAAAGUAUUUUUUAAAAUAAUAUAUAAAAUAGUAAAAAUAUCUAUUAUAUAUCAGCUGAAAUAUUUAUUUCUCAAAGCUUUAAUUUAUUAUGUUUUGCGUCCCGUGUAUUAAUAGUUUAUCACAAAACUCAUUUAAGUCGUAAUUGUUACAUUCAAUGCAGAGAAGAUUUUUUGUAGAACAAGCAAAUCUUACAAAUACUGGAAUGGAGUUAUCAAUUGCUUGUAAUAAUAUAUAUUUCUUUGUUUAUCAGAAAAUUAUGAUAAAAGAUGUAUAUGUUCAGAUUUUGCUUUUGCUGAACACUUGUAUUUCGAAAAUAAAAAACUAGUUGUAGAAAUACACGAAAUUAUGUUUUAAAUAUAAUUUACUUAAAAAAAUUAUCUUUUUGUAUCCUGAAACUUGUACAUUCAUGUAGAUGUAUUAAAUUAUUUGCACAUUAAUUAUAUAAUAAAAAUUCUGUUACAGCUUCUUAAAUUUUAUAAUUUAGUUUAAAAAGCGCUUUAAAUUUAAAAAUUUAGAAAAUGAAUUGAAAUAAUAAAACAACGAUUAUUUUAAUUGAGAUAUCCUUCGGGAAAGGAUAUUAUGUUGUUGCAGCUAUAUUUUAUAUGUAGAUAUGUAGUUGUAUUUUUUGCUUUUUAAAUGUACCUUAAUUUUAUAAUCUUUUUUUAAUAAACUAUAAAAAUA